CACACAGGUAACAACAGCAGCUUACUCUCUGUUUUAACAGAAACAAGACAAGAGAAAUGUAACACCUACCCUCUCUUCCUGCUGAGAAAUAUUUAAGAUUAUACUGUGUUUUCCGGAGUGUCAGUGGAUAUUUUAGUUCUCAACAGCUCUGGAAUUACUAAAGCACUGCAUGUUUUUCAAAUGGGGGGCCAGGGCAUGCAGAUUGGGGGCCUGGCUCUGGCACUGAUCGGUGUUUUAGCAGUGUGUUUGACGUGUGGACUACCGAUGUGGCGUGAGACAUCUUUUGUUGGAGCAAAUAUUGUGACAGCACAAUCAGUGUGGGAUGGUCUGUGGUUUCAUUGUAUCCUUCAGGCCACAGGUCAGCUGCAGUGCAAGAGACACACUACCCCCAUAACACUGACCACAGACCUUGAGGCUGGACGCGCCCUCACACUCAUCUCCAUCAUUGCCGGGUUCCUGGGCUUCAUCAUCACCCUCCUUGGAGGAGGCGUGGCCAAAUGUAGCCGCGCUAGCCGUGACCCCUUGGAGUCACCGUCCUACUCCUCCUCCUCCUCCUCCUCCUCCUCCAAAUCCUACAGAAAGAAGGCGUGUCUUCUUGGUGGAGCUCUGUGCAUCCUGUCAGGAAUCCUGUGCCUGAUUUCAGUCAGCUGGUCAGCUGCAGCAACCAUCUUAGUUUACAACGACCCCUUUGUGGUGGCGGCCAUGAAGAGAGAGGUGGGCUCCUCAGUCUACAUUGGCUUUGCCUCGUCUGUGCUGCUCCUGCUUAGUGGUGCUCUGCUCUGCUGCGUCUGCGGGGAAGAGGAGAGAACACCACCCUCAUAUUACUCAUACAUGCCGUACAACACCGACUCUCAAUACACUGACUAUUCAUCCCGUAUGGCCAUGCUGAGGCCUGAUGUCAUGACACCAAACAGAUUGAGGAUGAAUGAUCGUCCCUCAAGUGUGAUGGAGCACGUUGCCCAAGUGCACAACAAUAACUCCUUCAGGAAAGCUCAGAGUGAGGCUGGGGUGUAUAAUGCCUGAAAAAGAUCUAGGACACCAGAAAAGGGGAGGGGCUUAUUCAUGGGAAAGUAGCCAAAUCUGGUAGCCUACUUGAGAUUAUUCUUCCUUCUGCUCCUUUUCAUUCACGAUUUGAGAUUUUAUGUUUGAAUAUAUAUUUUUUGUUUGGCAAUGAAUGAAAUAAAUGUAAAUUCAUAAAUAAAUAAAAACACAUCCUGAGCAAGUCAAAACAGUACAGCCUACUGAGUGACCAGUCAUCAAGAACUCAAGCUCUGCUGCCAAUUGUUUGUCAGAACAACUCAAUGUAAGCCCUGUGAAGAUGUCAGUCUAAAAAAUACUUUUUUGGCGAAAUGUGUUUAAAAUGUUGCAAAUUAUUUCAUUUGGAAUGUGUGCAGUUAAAUGUGGUCUUAAGUUUGAACCCAAUAAAGAUCACAAACUUCAAUUA